GGGAGCGGGUCCGGAGCGGGCCACCGGACCCGAAGCUGAGGGGGGCGGCUGGGGCGUCAGUGGGCUCCGUCGCCGGGGCCUCGGAGGCAUGAUGAAGUAAGAGGGUUCGGCUGUAAGUGACAUAAUACUUCCAAGUUCCAGAAUUGAGUGAAGUAUUGGAACCUGACCGUAGUUCUGAUUCUGAGGUAUGACGUUGAGUGCUUCAGAUCUGGUCACUAUGGCACGAGAACGAAAAUGCAUAUUGUGCCACAUUGUGUACAGCUCAAAAAAGGAGAUGGACGAACACAUGCGGAGCAUGUUGCAUCACAGGGAACUUGAGAACCUGAAGGGCAGGGACAGUAGUCAUGAGUGCCGAGUGUGCGGGGUCACAGAAGUGGGUCUUUCUGCGUAUGCAAAGCACAUUUCUGGCCAAUUGCACAAAGAUAAUGUUGAUGCCCAGGAAAGAGAAGAUGAUGGAAAGGAAGAAGACGAGGAAGAUUAUUUUGACAAGGAACUCGUUCAGUUAAUAAAACAAAGGAAAGAACAAAGUCGGCAAGAUGAACCUUCCAAUAGCAGCCAAGAAAUAAACUCUGAUGACAGGCGAUCCCAACGGAGACGAGAAGACCGAAUUCCUUACCAAGACAGAGAGAGCUACAGUCAGCCAGCAUGGCAUCAUCGUGGACCUCCUCAGCGGGAUCGGAAAUGGGAGAAAGAUGGCUAUAAUAAUACGAGGAAAAACAGCUUCCCACAUUCUUCGAGGAGUAGUGGUGGAUCAAGAGGAUGUUCUGGCUGGCAUAAGGGUGUUGCAGGAGGCUCCUCAACUUGGUUUCACAACCAUAGUAAUUCUGGAGGUGGUUGGCAUUCAAAUAGUGGAAUGGUAGAUUGGAAUCAUAAUGGUACAGGAAGGAAUUCCAGUUGGCAUUCUGAAGGAACAGGUGGCUUUUCCAGUCGGCAUAUGAACAGCAGUAACGGAAACUGGAAAUCCAGUGUACGUAGCACAAAUAGUUGGAAUUACAGUGGCCCCGGAGACAAAUUUCAACCAAGCAGAAACAGAAAUUCUAACUGUCAAAUGGAAGACAUGACUAUGCUAUGGAACAAGAAAUCUAAGUCAAACAAAUACAAUCAAGAGAGAUAUAAGUGGCAGCGGCAAGAAAAUGACAAAGUUGGUGCAGUCGCCACAUACAGAGGUCCCUCUGAAGGAUUUACAAGUGAUAAGUUUUCUUCAGAAGGCUUACUUGACUUCAAUUUUGAGCAUCUGGAAAGCCAAACCACUAAACAAACAGAUACCUUAGCUUCCAAAAUUGGUGGGAAGAAUGGCAGUGUAGCAAGGGAAAAGCUCCGUCGCUGGACUCCUUACCCUUCCCAGAAGACUCUGGAUUUACAAUCGGGAGUGAAAGAAGUCACUGGUAACAAGUUGGAAACGAUAGAUAAGCCUCUCUUUGAUUUUAGCUUGAUAACCACAGGAAUACAAGAGCCCCAAAUUGAUGAAAGAAAUAAUUCUCCAACACUGAAAUCACAAAAAGAAACACGUACUAGAUCUCUUAAUCAUAAAGCCACUUCUGACUGCACUGCCUCCUAUGAGGUAGUGAGAGAAAAACCUGAACAAGAGCAUACCUUAAAUAAGAUGCCAUUGCUAAAAUCCCCACUCCUUCCAAUUCCAGUCACUAAAUCAGCUCCUCAAAAGCAAGAUUCAAAGAAUCCCUCAAAAAACACCAAAACGAAUUCUUUUUUUCCUGGAGAACACUCAAACCCCUUGAACAAACCCACUGUGGAAGAUAAUCAGGGUUCUUACGUACCCAAAUUGCGAAAUUCAGGUCCUCGUGUUUUAAAAGGGCAUAAAAGUACGUUUGGAACUCAAAGGGAAUCUGAUGAAAAUUUAAGCGAUACAUUACAAAAAGCCAAAGAUGUGCUAGAGUGUAAUGAGUCAUUGCAAAAUCCACUUCUUAGCGCUUCUAAAAGGACCAGGAAUUAUGCAAAAGCAAGUAGGAAUGUAGAAGAGUCUGAAAAAGGAUCUUUGAAGAUUGAGUUUCAAGUAGACGCAUUAGAAGAUGAAAGUGAUGGAGAGAGAUCUGAUGCAGAAAAGAAUGGAACAAAAAUUGGAACCCUGGGUUCUGCAACUACAGAAGUUUUAUCCUGCAGUACUCAUGCUGCUGAUGAGAAAAGGGGGGAUGACCAAAACCUGAAAACAUCUAGAAAACCAUCCACUUCCCCAUGUAACUCAACAGUUCACCAGAAAGAAUCUGAGUUACAAAUGACAUCUGUAGCCAGCCCACACUCUGACUUACUGCUAGAUUUGAAAACCGCUCUAGAAGAUGCACAGGUUGAUGACCCUGUUAAAUCUCAUGUAUCUUAUGAAACAGAAGGCUUUGAGAGUACUAGCUUGGAUGCUGAGCUUCAAAAAAACGAUAUAGGUCAGCCCUCAGGCCCUCUCCUGCCUGAAUUAAGUAAGCUUGGCUUUCCCGCCUCACUCCAGAGAGAUCUAACCCGUCACAUUAGCUUGAAGAGCAAAACUGGAGCACACCUUCCUGAGCCAAACCUCAAUAGUGCUCGCCGCAUCCGCAAUGUCAGUGGUCAUCGAAAGAGUGAGACAGAGAAGGAGUCUGGGCUCAAGCCAACCCUUCGGCAGAUUCUAAAUGCAUCUCGGAGAAAUGUCAACUGGGAACAGGUCAUUCAGCAAGUAACCAAGAAAAAGCAAGAGCUAGGCAAAGGCUUACCCAGGUUCGGCAUCGAAAUGGUGCCUCUAGUUCAAAAUGAACAAGAGGUCUUGGAUUUGGAUGGGGAGCCUGAUCUGUCCAGUCUAGAAGGAUUCCAGUGGGAAGGUGUUUCCAUUUCUUCAUCCCCUGGGUUGGCAAGGAAGCGAAGCCUUUCAGAGAGCAGUGUGAUCAUGGACAGGGCUCCUUCUGUGUUUAGCUUCUUCAGUGAGGAAGGUACAGGCAAAGAAAAUGAGCCCCAGCAGAUUUUUUCACCUAAUAGCUCAUUGAGGUCUGCACAGAGUCAAAAAACAACCAUGGGCCUUAAGCAGGAAGUGACACCUCUAGCUGCCUCCCUAAGAACAGGUGAAAGAGCUGAAAAUGUUGCUACUCGAAGGCGACAUAGUGCUCAAUUAUCAUCUGACCAUACGAUACCUUUGAUGCAUUUGGCAAAAGACCUGCACAGCCAGGAGAGCUCUACACCACUUUCAGAGAAUCACAAUGCCCAGGAGAGUAAUGGAGAAGGAAACUCUUUAUCAUCAAAUGCAGCCUUAGCCCUUGCAAUCUCCAGUUUGACAGAUGCAGCCACAGACAGUAGCUGUACUUCUGGUGCUGAACAAAAUGAUGUCCAGAAUAUUAGAAAGAAACGAAGAGCCACUGGAGAUGGAUCUUCUCCUGAACUCCCAAGUCUUGAGAGAAAAAAUAAAAGAAGGAAAAUUAAAGGAAAGAAAGAACGUUCUCAGGUUGACCAGCUGCUGCAUAUUUCUUUGAGGGAGGAAGAACUAAGCAAAUCAUUGCACUGCAUGGAUAACAACCUUCUGCAAGCCCGUGCAGCUCUUCAGACAGCUUAUGUUGAAGUUCAGAGGCUACUUAUGCUCAAGCAGCAGAUAACUAUGGAGAUGAGUGCCCUGAGGACCCAUAGAAUACAGAUUCUACAGGGAUUACAAGAAACAUAUGAACCUUCUGAGCAUCCAGACCAGGUUCCCUGUAACCUUACACGAGAACAAAGGAACAUUAGAUCUCAAACAUCUGCUGAUGCCACACUGCUGCCUACUCCUUUUUUCCCGGUUUUCCUGGAGUCUUCAUCUUCCCAUGUGUCUCCAUCAUCCACUGGAGCCCCUCUCCAAGGAAUCACAUCUACUUUCCAAGCCCAUGGCAGUGUUCCUGCUCCAGACUCAUCAGUUCAGAUUAAACAAGAACCCAUGUCUCCUGAACAAGAUGAGAAUGUGAAUGCUGUGUCACAAGGCUCUGCUUGCAAUGUGUCCAAGGAAUUACUGCAAGCUAAUAGAGAGAUCAGUGACAGUAGUCCAGUUUAUCCAGUUAUCACUGCAGCAUUGUCCUUAUCAGAGCUAACAGAGAGAUUCCAUGAGCCUAGCCAAGAACUGAAGUUUUCUGUGGAGCAAGGAAAUACCAGAAACAGAGGGAACAAUCCCUCUUCCCAAUCGUCUGGUCUUCCUAGCAUAAAUAAAGAAGGUGAAGAGCCAAACAGAGGCAACAGCGGGUCUGAAGCCUGUACCAGUUCUUUUCCAAGAUUGUCCUUUGCUUCAGAAACCCCUUUAGAGAAAGAGCCCCACUCUCCAGCUGACCAUCCAGAACAACAGGCAGAGUCCACUCUGACAUCAGCUGAAGCUAGGGGGAACAAGAAAAAGAAGAAGCUUAGGAAGAAGAAAACUCUGCGGGCUGCCCAUGUUCCUGAGAACAGUGACACUGAACAGGAUAUAUUUACUGCUAAACCUGUAAGGAAAGUAAAAACUGGAAAGUCCACUAAAGGGGGGAAGGUGACAACCUCCACCUGGGAAGAUAGCAGAACUGGUCCAGAACAAGAGAGUGUCAGAGAUGAACCAGAUAGUGACUCGUCUCUGGAAGUCCUAGAAAUUCCUAAUCCUCAGUUAGAAGUGGUAGCCAUUGAUUCUUGUGAAUCUGGAGAAGAGAAACCAGACAGCCCAUCUAAAAAGGAUAUUCGGAACUCCACAGAGCUAAACUCAUUAGAAACUUCUCGCUCUGGUUGUGAUGAAGUUAGCUCUACCAGUGAGAUUGGCACCCGUUAUAAAGAUGGCAUCCCUGUAAGUGUGGCAGAAACUCAGACUGUGAUCUCCUCCAUAAAAGGAUCAAAGAACUCUUCAGAAAUAUCUUCAGAGCCAGGAGAUGAUGAUGAGCCCACAGAAGGGAGCUUUGAGGGACACCAAGCUGCAGUGAAUGCAAUUCAAAUAUUUGGGAAUUUACUGUAUACCUGUUCAGCAGAUAAAACUGUCCGAGUUUAUAAUCUCGUGAGUCGGAAGUAUAUUGGUGUCUUUGAGGGCCAUACCUCCAAAGUGAACUGCCUCCUGGUUACUCAGACCUCUGGGAAGAAUGCUGCACUUUAUACUGGUUCCAGUGAUCACACCAUUCGCUGCUAUAAUGUUAAGACUCGAGAGUGUGUGGAGCAGUUACAGCUGGAAGACCGGGUUCUCUGCCUCCACAGUAGGUGGCGAAUUCUCUAUGCAGGACUGGCAAAUGGCACUGUGGUCACCUUCAACAUAAAGAACAACAAACGACUUGAAAUCUUUGAAUGCCAUGGCCCUCGGGCUGUUAGCUGUCUUGCCACAGCUCAGGAAGGUGCCCGAAAGCUGCUGGUUGUGGGGUCUUAUGACUGUACCAUUAGUGUACGCGAUGCACGGAAUGGACUGCUCCUUAGAACUCUGGAGGGCCACAGCAAAACCAUUCUCUGCAUGAAGGUGGUGAAUGACCUUGUGUUCAGUGGCUCCAGUGAUCAGUCAGUCCAUGCCCACAACAUUCACACUGGUGAACUUGUACGGAUCUAUAAAGGUCACAAUCAUGCAGUGACUGUGGUGAAUAUCCUAGGAAAAGUGAUGGUGACUGCUUGCCUGGAUAAAUUUGUUCGUGUCUAUGAAUUACAGUCCCAUGAUCGAUUGCAAGUAUAUGGAGGACACAAGGAUAUGAUUAUGUGUAUGACCAUCCAUAAAAGUAUGAUUUAUACUGGCUGUUAUGAUGGCAGUAUUCAGGCCGUGAGGCUAAAUCUGAUGCAGAAUUACCGCUGCUGGUGGCAUGGUUGCUCUCUGAUAUUUGGCGUUAUAGAUCAUUUAAAACAACAUUUGCUGACUGACCAUACAAAUCCGAACUUUCAAACUCUGAAAUGUCGCUGGAAGAACUGUGAUGCUUUUUUUACUGCUAGGAAAGGAUCCAAACAGGACACAUUGAACGACAUGCUGAGGAUGACAGCAAAAUUGAUUCAUGAAGUUUUUUGCCUCCCAUGUUGGGAAGUCUUUAGUUGAACUAAUUUCACAUCAGCCCCUUACACAGGCCAGUGUCUUCCCUUCCCUAGUGAAUCAGGGAAGGAGAGAGUGGUUACUAGCCAGGCUUACCACUAGCAUAAGUCUGGGCCGCUCUAUGGGAUGAUAGGUUACACUUCUAAGUUCUUGCUGGAGGUUUGUCAGAUUUAAACAGAUUUUUAAGGAACCAUACUCUUCUGGGACAGCAUGGCAUAUAGUAAUUUAUGCUACUGGUGUUCUCCAGAUGUUUAUUAAAGAUACAGAUCUUAAUUGGCUACCCGGUUUGACCCUAAUCAUAUGUAUAUUUUACUGAUUUCCGUCUGUGAUUUUUAGUUUCUGUUCUUAUGAUGGUUUAAACCUA